AUGGACAUGGGAGGACACGACCACGGCGACAUGGCCAUGACUGGCAUGUCUGCCACCCCAACCGGCACCUCGAUGCCCGCCGCAACCAGCGCCGCCGCCUCCAUGGGUAGCAAGAGCGCCAUGGGAGGCUGCAAAAUCUCUAUGCUCUGGAACUGGAACACCAUAGACUCCUGCUUCAUCGCCCGGUCCUGGCACGUCACCUCAAGGGGCAUGUUCGCCGGCUCCUGCAUAGGCGUCAUCUGCCUCGGUAUCUGCCUCGAACUCAUCCGCCGCGCCGUAAAGGAAUACGAUCGCUUCCUCCUCCGCCAGCACAGGGCCAAGUUCCUCGACUCCUCUGCCGCUGCCGCCAACUCGGGUGCAACUAAGGCCGGAGACGGCUCGGAUUCCGGAGCCGCUUGCGUGGCUAUCCCCGCCUUUAGGCCGAAUGUUUUCCAGCAGGCUAUUCGGGCGCUUUUGCAUAUGGUUCAGUUUGCUGUUGCCUACUUCCUGAUGCUGCUCGCCAUGUACUACAACGGCUACAUCAUCAUCUGCAUCUUCAUCGGCACUUACAUCGGUUCCUUCAUCUUCCAGUGGGAAACCCUCGUUGAGCGACGUACCAGCGCUGCCAACGAAGCGACCGUUUGCUGCGGCUAA